UUUAUAAAAUAUAAUGACCGGCGGGUCCUUUAUCUUAUAUGGUCAACAAAAUCAUCUCCUCCCAAUCUCUUUAUGUUCCUUCUCUCUCGUUUCCUUCCUCUCUCUCUCUCUCUCUCUCUCUCUCCCUCCCCUAUAUAUUUGUUUCCCUCCUUCCAAACACCAAUCAAUCUUCGGUAUCAAUCACCUGCAUCUCUAGAACACGUUGAAAAUGGAAGUGGCAAUGCCUCCAACCGGCAUGGAUUUCGACUUCAACGACGCCAAUCCUAUGCCAUUCAUGAGCGCUCCUUCUACUCCUAAACGUUUUGGUGAUAUUACUCUCAGUGCUCCCACAAGUCCUUCACGCAUCGCCGAGUUCUAUAGUCGUUUUGAUGACUUCGCCUGGGAUGAUAACGCUACACCUGCAUCGCCCAUGCCAGUGCCUAAUCAUAGUGGAGAUGAUUUCGCAUUUGAUUUCAGGUCUGAACUGGAGGAGAGUUCUCUUUCCGCCGAUGAACUUUUUGAUGGUGGCAAAAUCCGGCCUUUGAAGCCUCCUCCUCGCUUACAGAUUGAGGAGAGACGUGGGUUUUUAUCGCCAAGGUCAGCCAGAUCACCAAUAGCUCAAGGGAAAAAGAUUAUACGUGAGGUUUUUUCUCCGAGGAAGAAGAAAGAUUCAGACCCUUUUGCUGUUGCUGAUGAAAAUACUCGAAAGAGAACUGAAAAUGGUAGAGGUAGAGGUAGAGAGAGACAUCAAGCUUUAGCAACGAGUUCAAGCCGCCGGUCUACAAGAUCGCUUUCCCCACAUAGAGUUUCUGAAUAUCCAUGGGAAGAAGAAGAGAGAAAGUUACUGGAAACAACCAAACAAUCAGCAGCUCCAAAUUCAAAAGCUUCAGGGCCAUCCACUUCUUCUUCUUCUGCUGCUGCUGCUGCUUCAACUACAAAGAGUUCUUCAAAAAAAUGGAGGUUGAUGAGAGAUUUCCUUCUGUUCAGAAGCGCAUCUGAGGGAAGAGCAGCGGAUAAAGAUCCUUUGAGGACAAAGUUUCCAUCUUUCUUCAGGAAACCAGAAGAUGCAAAGAACACGAGCUCCCGGUCCAAAGAAAGCUCCGGUUCAGUUCCGGCGUCAAGGAGAAAAGGGCAAUUGUCGGCUCACGAGUUGCAUUACACGAAGAAUAAAGCAGCAUCCGAGGAUAUGAAGAAGAAAACUUUCUUGCCAUACAAACAAGGCAUACUGGGGAGAAAGGCCUUCAAUCCCAAAGCUCGCUAACCAAUCCAUUACAUAUAUAUUUACAAGUUCUUUCAUUGAUAUCCACGAAAAAUAUGUAAAACCAUAUGAAUUCUUUUGUUUGAUUUCGAUUCCUAGAAGUUGUAAAAGGAUAUUAAAUAUAAAAAUGGCCAUAUUUGAUCAAAGC